AUGCGCGUCUUAGUAGGUGACGAGACUGGUCUGCUCAAGUCUAUCGAGUUGGAGAAGAACGAGCAGCGCAUUCUGUCCAGUAUAACACAUCCUCAAGCUCGUUCUCGAGGCAUUCAACGUCUCUGCUGGUACGCGGACAAGGCCAAUUCUCAGCGUAACGUGGUGUUGGCUCGAGCCGACGGUGUCGUGGAGAGCUACGAAGCGUCUCAUGGCAAGAGUAUAAGCACUAGGAAGGAACCUGAUUGGUCCUGGCCGAAGCAGGAUAACGAUAAGGAAACAAGUAGUUGUAUAGGACUUGACGUGGUCCAGAAAUUUGGUUCAGUGGUGCAGUGCGCGGUCAAUGGCGACGUGUUAGUGCGCGGCACGCUGCAGGACGCAGAAAAACCUGCCGAAUUUAAUGUUGGUGGCGAUCUGAACAUGAUGAGACUUGACUCUGCAACGCAGACGGUCAUUGGGGUAGGUGGCAAGGAACACGAUCUGAAUCUGUGGUCGUUAGAGACACAGCAGGUCCUUUUCAAAGCCAAGAACGUGACCCAUGAUAAGCUGGAUAUGCGAGUACCUGUGUGGAUUAAGGAUCUUCGAUUUCUUUCUGUGCCUGGCAACAGCAAUGGUCACCGAGUUGUGGUAGGCACAGGCCACCGUCACGUCAGGAUUUAUGACUCCAGCACCAAGAGACGACCAGUGCAGGAGCUCGAUAACUUUGGUGAGAAUCCUAUCCAGUCACUGUGUGUGUCACCUGAUGAGAUGCGGGUGUAUGUUGGUGACACAGCAGGAAACUUAGACAUUUUAGACUUGCGGACGCUCAAGCAUAUGGGGCGAUGCACGGGACCCGUGGGCUCCAUCCGCGACCUCGCGUGUCAUCCGACGCUACCGUACAUUGCGGCGGUGGGGCUGGACCGCAUGGUGCACGUGUUUGACGUCAAUACGCGAAAGUACCGUCACACAAUCUACGCUAAGCAGCGUCUUAACAGCGUUUUGUUCUGCUCUGACGGGCUCAAGGAUAUCCCAGUUGCUGAUGACGAACCUGCACGGAAAAAACACAAGGCGGGUGAUGAAGAAUUAGACUUUGUUGAUGACGACGAGGAAGAGGAGGAAGUAUAUGAAGGUCUUGAAAUUAGCGAAGAGGAGGAUGACGAUGAUGAUGACGAUGACGAUGACGAUGAUAACGAUGAUAUUGAUAAUGACGAAGAGGACCCGGAAGAUGACAGUGAUUGA